AUGGGUCGCGUUCGCACGAAGACCGUCAAGAAGUCGGCCAAGGUCAUCAUCGAGCGCUACUACCCCAAGCUCACCCUCGACUUCGAGACCAAUAAGCGGAUAUGCGAUGAGAUCGCAGUCAUUGCCAGCAAGAGGCUGCGCAACAAGAUCGCCGGCUACACCACCCACUUGAUGAAGCGUAUCCAGCGUGGACCAGUGCGCGGCAUCUCCUUCAAGCUGCAGGAAGAGGAGCGUGAGCGGAAGGAUCAAUACGUGCCAGAGGUGUCUGCGCUCGACUUCACCCAGAACAGCGAGAGCGGCAUGUUGGAUGUGGAUCAGGAGACCAAGGACUUGUUGAAGUCGAUGGGCUUCGACAGCAUUCCAGUCAACGUCGUCGCCGUCCAGCAGCAGCAGGUGGCCGAGCGCCCGCGCCGCUUUGGCGACAGGCCGCCACGAUAG